AUGCACGAGACGGACAAGUGGCGACAUUUCUGGGGCUCUCGAAUCAAUAAGGCACAGCAGCUCUCUGGAGAUCUAAAGUCAAAAUCUGAUGGAUACGUCUUUCUAACGAGACUGGCUGGGGAGCGCCUCUUGCACGAUGCUGCCUUGGAGGCUUCCUCGGCUGUUGCCAGCGCUCAGCGUAUUGUGAACCAAACAGCUGUGAAAGCUGCUCUAGCUACGAAUCUCAUAGAACGUCUCCUGGCUCAAGCGUCGCAUAGGGCAGCGGUCGCCGAGCACAUGGUGACUCGGGCUGAGGCCGAGGCAACUAGAGCGGCGGAGAUGGCACGCCAAAUGGCCAAUAACGCGAAGUCGAGCGGCAUCGGUGGUGGCGUGUGCCGACUCUUAUCUCGAAGGUACUCCCAGAGUUCUGCCAUGCAGGCGGCAGCUGCUCAGAUGGCACAGGCCAUGGGCUACUCUGUGGCCCCACAGGGGGUGAUGGACCGCAGCCAUCCCAGCCCAUGGCUCCUCAACAGGUACCGAGUCCCUUGA